AUGCGAACAGCUCGUGCGGUUUGGGACGAAUUACCUGUUGAAUGGAAGAGGAAGCUGGUCGAAUUUUUGGAUUAUAAAUCCAGGUAUUUUACUCGAAAAACGCAUAGACACAACGUGAGAAGAACUUGUUUUUUCAGAAGCCGUGUUCGAGCUCUCACAAAAACCGACAAGAGAAUAGUGGACAGUUGUCCGAAUUCUCUGCAACUCGUCUCACUUCGCACGGCCCCCUACACCGGGAACGGACACGAAAAGAAGGCGGGAUUGGACGUGGCCGAGCACGGAAAACCGGAAGUGAUGACGGAAAAAUGGUGUCCGGAAGACGAUAUCAUCCGGGAUUUCAUGCGAAUAUUUCGACACCGAAAAAGUUUUGCGCGGAAGGUUGAAUUCAAUUUUUACUACCUCACUUUGAUCAAUUUGACGUCGAAAUUGGCGGAAAAGUUUUCGGAAUGCGGCGGCAAAAUCCGCGCCGAAACAUUCGUCUGGAACUGUUAUUUGACUGAAGACGGCGACAAUUUGAGACUCCUCAAAUACUUUGAUCCCAAUGUUCUCAACUCAAUUUUAAUACGCUACGGACUCAUGCGGAAGGACACUUUGGACCAGUUCUUCGAGAUGGACCAAUUCAAAAACGCGAAAAAAGUCGAUAUUUCGUGUGAGAUCAAAGUGACGGAGAUGACAAAAUUCGUGCAUUUGGACAACUUUCGCAUCAUGAUUCCGAAGCUGAGCGCUGAAAACGGCUGGACGGUCAUACGAACUUUUAUCGAUCGGCCGGCAGUUUUACACGCUGGAUUCGCCAUUUACACUCUCUCGCCGAUGGAAUGCGACAAUUUGCUGACGCGCUUCGGAUGCAUUCCCGACGAGCACAAUUAUUUGCGGUCAGUUAAACUUUUUUUUGAAAAACAAAACUGUAAAACGUUUCCAGACGCUCUACAUUCAAAUUUGUGAAGCAUUUCGAAAUGGCCACGGCUAGAGAUCACAUUUUCGCUGUGAGACUAUCGAAAUACUGGCUGGAAGGGACGACGUGUCGGAAGAGUGAUUUGGAUGAAGAUUUGAAGUUUCUCGAUAAAUGGGACGAAGUAUUCGGAGGAUCGAUUUGGCCCGAAAUGACACAAUUCAACAAUACUUAUCCACCUUUUAGGGAUGCUUAUCGGGUCUAG